UUGGAGGCGCAUUUGGACUAGAAAAGCAGGUCAGCGUCGUCGUAUCCAUGGCUGUGUAGAUUGGGAAAAGCGAAAAUUUAAAAAGCGUGAUUCAGACGAAGAGGAAAAUCAUUUCGAUCCAGAGAAUCACAGAGUUGGGACGUGUGUGCCGCUUGGGUGGGGUUUGGAAGAAGAAAAAAGUUACCCGGCAUUCUUCAUUAAUAAUUAUACCAAGUGCCGUUGCACACGAUUUCGUUGCACAAAAGGAUUUGGCGACAUGUCUUAAAGUGGCUCCUUACUUUGGUUGUUAAAAGUGAAUCAAACGAAAAACUCGUGUGUCGUUAUUUACCAUUGGAUAUACUACGUUCAUUUCUAUUUCCUGACACGUGGACCUGGUCUGAAUUCAAAGAUCUCCAUUGUCAUGACGCACUCAUCACUCAGUUUCCGUACGUGCCUCGUCAUAUUGGCGUGCGUCAUAGUCGUCGCUUCCCUCAAAUCUCCGAAAAAUUCGACAUCGUCAGGCAGAUGGAGUAUCAAGAAGACCAACUGCAAUCUGAAAAAGAGUUUGUCUUCAUUCAAAUCGUCGGUGAAGAAUGAUAGUUUAACGUUCUUCAACCGAGCUCUAAAGAAGACCAACCCGAUUAGUGCGCUCCGGAAGCGAUUGGGAACGGCCAGCAAACUGUACAACCCGUCGGAUCCGCUUCACGCCUACCCCAAUCAAUGGGAUUUAAUAGUGCACGGAAUCUUCCAGAAACUGUCCCGAUUCGAAGUGAACAAUGCAGAUACCAUCCGGACGUUGAUCCGAGUCGUCAGGGUAGUUACCAUCAUCGGUUUAGUCCUUGGAAUAAUCGGAAUUGUCAUCGGAGUGGCCGUUCCAUUAGGCACCGCUGCGCUUGCGAUUGGUCGCAGAGAAGAUGUUGGAGAGGACAAAACCGAUGUGGUCGACUGGAAUUAUGUCGAUCAAAUUUCCCAAAGCGUCAUCUACGCCAUUGAAAACGGCAUGCUCAAAUACGAAAUGUGACACGGUUUCCCCAUCUAGCCAAGAAGAAUACGGUAGUUUUGACUUUUAAUAGUGAAAUGCUCAGGUUGCCAAGUGCCACACCUACGACGACCAUAUUGUUGAAACAAGACGAAGUAAGCAGAUUCUCAUCCAUCAUUUAGAAUUUAAUAAAAUAGAAAAGGAAUUAAAAAAAUUUAAAAAAAAACGGUCGAUCGCCACACACAAAAGUCGAGUCUUGAUAGUUCGUGCUUUUAUCGUUCAAUCCAUCCGGGUUGAUUAAUAACACUGGCUAAGAAAUAGUCAAAAGUAGAUUUCACGAGUUUGAGUCGGGUUCUCUGGUCGUCGACAAAACUCACCAACUAACAGGAAGCCGAUCGACUAUCACACGAGUUCAAGGCCUUGAUGGCGCCAUACACACAAGAACACACGUGUGUGGACGUACCACAUAUCUCCAGGUCACGCAGAACAACACACAUUCGUCACGCUCAUAACCUCUUUAUUAUUUAUAAAAACUUAGUCUGUUGUUCAUUCCCCCUUUCAAAUUGUUCUUUCAUGAAUUAUUUAUUUUUUGUUGUUACCUUGUUAAUUUUUUAUUAAUUUAUUAUCAUGAAAGAAAAGAAUAAAUGCCAUCAACAAUC